AUGGCAACACCAGUUCCUUCACCCGCUUUCAUGCAACCUGCCGUCAUCGAGCAUUAUCGAAGUCUUUGCGGUACUCCAACGCCGCCACCAGCAAGAAAUGGCGAUACCGCGUCCACGACCAAUACAAGUAAAAUGAUCACGGCACUGAAAUGGAUCACCGCAAUCCAAGAAGCCACUCAAUGCCUUCGCGAUCAGGCGCAAUCAGAUAUCAGCAUCGAAGAUGAAAAGGAAGUUGGGUCCGUUCGUCAGAGCCAUUCAGUGAAAGUGACGGAACAUGCCCUGGUGUAUUUGAUGAGAUUGGAAGCUCUCUUGCAUCCAUUGGAAGCGGAGUGGGAUCAAGCUCCUCAUUUUGACCCACCUGUGUUUGAACCCUACAAGAUCCCCAAGAAAACAACUACAGAACCUCGCGGCGACAAGAACAAGAAACGAAAGGGUCGGUCGGCAAACAACGUCGACCAGAGUCCCACCUCUGUAGUCUCGAACUGGGCACCUCAGGAACAAUGGACUAAGGUCAACGUAUCCUCGAAUCGCUUUGCAUCUCUUCAUGAUGAUGACGAUGAAUCUGACGAUGAAGAAAGUGAGACUGGGACACCAACCACCAGUAGUCGCGCCACGACGGAAGACCUUGACGAUUUGCAGGAAGCGGGGGAUGUGCCGACACUAAAUCGCAUUGCUGAGUUCCCAACAGGCACCAUCUUUGUCAUGCGGCGUCUCAUGAUUCGCAUCGUCACGGCCCAAUCGGAACUCUUUGCCUUUCAGGCAAGUGUUUACCGAAAAGCAUCCAACUGGUCUUUGGGUGCAGAGACUUGUCACGCCAGUCUCUGGAAGAUUCAUCAGGGACUCUUGCUCGCAGAUACUGAGAUUUCUCGUUGUUUGUCCGAAGUUGGCGGCAGUCCUCUGGAACGGCAACCGCUGAUGGAAGAUGCCGGAAUUGUCGAAGUGGCCGUCAAGUCCCUAACACAAGAACGCGACUCGUUUGUCCAAAAGGCUCUCGUCAAGAAGCGUCAAUUGAUGCGCAAGCUCGAGGAGGUUUAUAUUGCCCGUACCAAAGCUAGACUCCGACUUGGAGAGUCCAAGUGGUGUGGCAAUUAUCGUCGUAAUGAGCAUCGCGCCCACCAACGGGCCAAGCACGAAGAGCUUUUGGUUGAAAUCCAAUUGGCCUUGGACCAUAUGCUGCAGCUCGACACUCGUUCAUUGGUGCAUUCGACGGAUCAGCUAAAGCUGCGAUUGCAGCAUCAACCGCUGUCUUGCUACCCUAUUCAUCGACACAACAAGCAGCGCCCAUCUGACUAUGUGUCCAAGCGCGUUUCCUACGAGGAGUAUCCAGAUCCAUCGUACUUUGACUGGAAGUUUACCGGCACGUAUUGCGAGGGUGGAAGUCACUUGGAAUUCUAUGAGAAACAAGGGAUGCUACUGGAUUUCGACUUUGUCACGAAAAAACUCGAGCUAAGCUGGUUGCAUCUAUCCCGUCGUGGCAACACCACCUUCUUUCGAUCUCCCGGGCCAACUCCUUCCAAGCUGUACUUGGGCCUCUUGGAAUCGACACAGCCAUGGAAAGUGGCUGCAGAACACAAGAAGAUGCAAGCAGCUAUGCCUGGCAACACGACAAGGGUUGCCCCUGCACAAAACUACCAUCAGUGGAAGGUUCCUAGUGGUGCAGAAAUGGUGUAA